GAAAGCGAUCGAACUGCUGUUGAUCUUUGCUUCGCAAACGAUCUUUCAGCAACAUAUAUAUAUAGAGAUAUGGAAAAGAAAUCUCUUUUUAUCAGUUUUGUAUGUCGUUUUCUUGCUUCUUUGGUACUGUUUUCCGGUUCAAAAGCAAUUGAAUCACCUCAAUUCACAGUGAUACAAUCAUACUCGAAUAUGGAGAUCAGGCUCUACAAAGAGUCCUCGUGGAUGUCUGCUCUUGAGCGUGGCGGCACCUCCUUUGAGAACUCCACCAAACAAGGCUUCCACAGGUUGUAUCAAUACAUUCAUGGCGCCAACCUCAACUCUUCCCAGCUUGCAAUGACAGCUCCAGUAUUAACAACCAUCAGUACACGGGAAUCAAACUACAUUGUGAGGCUCUAUCUGCCCAAUGGGGCCAUCCCUCGGCCCAAUCCAGAGCUGAAUCUGGGGCUGGACAGAUGGAGAAGCCACUGUUUGGCAGUCAGGAAAUUCUCAGGGAUUGCCAAGGAUGGCAGCGUCGAGAAAGAAAUGGAAGCUCUAAGGAUAAGCUUGGAAAAGAUUUGGAAUGAAAGCUCGGGAGUUGUUGUGGAGAAUAGAUUCUACACGAUUGCCCAGUACAGUGCUCCAUUUCAAGUUUCCGGGAGAGUGAAUGAAGUGUGGAUGAAUGUUUCAGGUUUAACAGGAAAGGGCUGUUUGCCCCUUAAUAAGGGACAGUUUUAGUUUAAUUCAGCUGUUAGUUGAGCUUGAGUUUGUGUAAUUUGGGCCGGGCUGUGCUGUGCUGUGCCUUGCUUUCUCCUAAUUUGCACUCACUUCUUGUGUUUCUGUUCCAAGUUUGAAGUCGUCUCUUCUACAUUGGAGUCUUUCGAUCUUUAAGAAAUAAGUAGUGUGCAAGAUUGUCAAUACCUUUGGGCUACCAUUUUGAAUUCUUUGUUCAAAUGAGAUAUUUUAUUAUCAGGAGUAUUUUGACA